AUGGCCGCCUCAGACGAGCAGCUCGUCCUCCCCAUCAUCGACGCCCACAUCCACCUCUACCCGUCCUCGGAGCUCGACUCCCUCUCCUGGGCCGACCCGGAGCACCCACUAUACGGCCAGCACUCCCUCGAGCAGUACAAGGCGGCUGCCGCGAGCGCCCCGUCCCUGCUGGGCUUCAUCUUUGUCGAGACGGACCGCAAGCACGACCUGGCCUCUGGCGCCGCCGACGGCUCCGGCUGGGAGGCGCCCCUACAAGAGGUCCGCUGGCUGCGCCGCAUAGCGCUCGGCGAGCCAAAAGACGGCGAGGGCCACACGGCCGACGACGCGAAGCUCUGCCUGGCCGUCGUGCCCUGGGCCCCCAUCCCCAGCGGCCCGGCCGUGCUGGAGCGCUAUCUGGCCAGGGUCCAGGACGAGGCCGGCGAUGCGUGGCCCAAGGUCAGGGGGUUCCGCUACCUGCUGCAGGACAAGCCGCACGGCACCAUGCUGGAGCAGGACUUUAUCGACGCCUUGAAGCUGCUCGGCCGUCGCGGCUUUGUGUUUGAGAUAGGUGUGGACCAGCAUCGUCGGGGACGGAAGCAGAUGGAUGAGCUGAUUGAGCUCGUUGACCGCGUGCAUGACGGCGUGCCCGAGAAUGAAAAGGUCAAGCUGGUGAUUAGUAGGUUGCCUUCCUUUUUUCUUUUUUUCUUCGCUACAACGUCUUCAACCCCGCUGACCAAGACAGACCACCUCUGCAAGCCUGACUUUUCCAUCUACAACCUCACCACCGACGCCGGCUUCCUCGCCUGGCGCACCACCAUCUACGCCCUCGGCAAGGUGCCCCAAGUCUACAUGAAGCUGUCUGGCGGCUUCGCCGAGAUGCCCGCCGCCCUGCGCGCCCAGGACGCCGCCCACAUCUUCCAGUCCACCUUUGGCUGGCUCGGCGUCGUCCUCGCCACCUUUGGUGCCCGCCGCAUCAUGUUUGGCAGCGACUGGCCCGUCUGCACCGUUGGCCUGCCCGACGGCCACGAGGGCUGGCCCCGCUGGAAGGAGGUGGUGGAUAAAAUGUGCUGGAUGGCGUCGCUGGAUGACGACGAGCGCGCCAUGAUUUAUGGCGGGACGGCCAAGGAGGCGUAUGGUUUGUAG